AUGUCUCUCGUAGGGUUCGGACGCCUGAUCCAGGGCCGUCUCUUCCCGCCUGCCAACCCAACUGCCUCCCUUGAAGGAAAAACUGUCCUCCUAACAGGUGGUACAUCUGGCCUGGGCCUCGAAGCAGCGAUAAAAUAUAUAGACCUAGGUGUCUCCUCGCUGAUAAUCGGUUGCCGCAAUGCUGAACGAGGAAACGAAGCCAAGAAGGUGAUUGAAAAGAGGACUAAGCGUGACGGUAAUACUGCGGAUUUUAAUAUUCAGAUAUGGGCCCUGGAUAUGGCCAGUUAUCAGAGUGUGAUAUCAUUUGCAGAGAAAAUCAACGAUGAAAUACCACGGCUUGAUAUUGCACUUUUGAAUGCUGGGGUAAUGCACAGGAAAUAUACCCUGACAAAAGAUGGGUGGGAAGAGACACUUCAAGCCAAUGCACUCUCAACCGCACUUCUGGGUUUGCUUUUACUACCAAAACUGAGAGCAAGCCGUGACACUAUCACCGGCACUGCCGCUCAUCUCACAUUUAUCUCGAGUGGAUCUUACAGACAUGCAACGACCGAAGAGCUACAGCCUGAGGGGACCAGCAGCAUACUCCAGCACUUGAACAGUGAAGAGGCGUUUCGCGCACACUCUCAAUACAGACUAUCCAAAGUCCUCGUCGAAUAUACCACAAAGAGUAUCGCUAAUCUAACCCGCUGCGAUGAUGGAUCGGUGGAAGUCAUCGUCAACUCUGCCUGCCCGGGGUAUUGUAGGUCGCGGUUGGGUCGCGAGUACGAUGCCUGGCAUGAGAGAAUGUUUGUUGCUAUUUUUGAGCGGAUUUUUGGCCGGACGUCAGAGCAAGGUAGCAGGACCCUUGUAAGCGCUACGUUGCUCGGCGAGGAGUCGCAUGGGAAAUGGUGGAGAAGCGAUCAAUAUCCAGAUAUCUCGGCUACUCUUACGGGAACAAGCGAAGGAAAGGGAUUACAGACACGAGCCUGGAAAGAGAUUGUGGGGGAGCUCAAGCUUCGAUCUCCCGAGGUUGAACGGCUCGGCUUGAGUGACGACAUAUGA